CGACCUGUUAUGGCCACCACUACUUCCGGGUUCCAGCAUUCUGGUCCAGACCCAGCAGCUCUCCGCCUGUGCAGCACGCACUCUCCACGCGCAGCGAGCCUGGCAAUAGCAGCAAUAGCCAUAGCAGCAGCAGCAGCAGCAGCAGCAAAGCACCGGGGCUCCUUUAAAUCCGACUGAGACGUUUCCUCUGUCUCCCCCUUUUCCCCAACAGCAGCUCGAGCAGAGCGCACAGAGGCGCACGGAGAAACAGAGAGAUCGGAUCGGUCCGGGGGAAGGAACUACGAGCCCCGAUCUCGCUGAAUUCUGCAGCUGGACAUUUUCAGGGGUUUCUGCCCGGACCAUCAUCAUCAUCAUCAUCAUCAUUCAUUCAGCGCCUUGACAAGCUCGCCCGGUGAUUGACAGCUGCGGUGGCACAAAGCCACGAGACUUGCCCUUUAGUUGCCAGCCACGGGCAUUGGAAGAAGGGGAGAAAAAAAAUAAUUGCCUUUAUUUCUUAAUUUUUUUUUGGGGGGAAAAAAAAGAAGUAGUUGAUCAUGUUAUUAUUUCAAUGAGCGCGACCCAACCGGAGACUUGGCUUCACUUCUCACCACAUUGGAAACUUUAAAGGGAAUUUUCACUGUUUUUUUUUUCUUUUCUUUUUUUCCUUUUUUCACUUUUUUUUUUUGGUGGAGUUGCGUAAUUGAUUCUGUUCCACACUGGCCUUAAAUAGGAUAUAUCUGAAGUUGAAGUAGGAAGGAGUUUAGAAAGGCCGAUGGCUCAAAGGUACGACGAUUUGCCCCACUACGGUGGCAUGGAUGGAGUGGGCAUACCCAGUGCUAUGUAUGGCGAUCCUCACGCUGCCAGGUCUAUGCAGCCGGUCCACCACCUGAAUCAUGGGCCUCCUCUGCACUCCCACCAGUACCCGCACACGGCCCACACCAACGCUAUGCCCCCCAGCAUGGGCUCCUCUGUCAAUGACGCUCUAAAGAGAGAUAAAGAUGCCAUCUAUGGACACCCUCUGUUCCCUCUGUUAGCACUGAUUUUUGAGAAAUGUGAAUUAGCUACAUGCACGCCCCGGGAGCCUGGGGUAGCGGGCGGUGAUGUGUGCUCGUCCGAGUCAUUCAAUGAAGACAUAGCUGUGUUCGCCAAACAGAUUCGUGCAGAAAAACCUUUAUUUUCUUCUAAUCCGGAGCUGGAUAAUUUGAUGAUUCAAGCCAUACAAGUAUUACGAUUCCAUCUGCUGGAGUUAGAAAAGGUACACGAACUGUGCGACAAUUUCUGCCAUCGGUAUAUUAGUUGUUUGAAAGGCAAAAUGCCCAUCGAUCUGGUGAUCGAAGACAGGGAUGGUGGAUCUAAAUCGGACAGCGAGGACAUGACUCGAUCAGCCCCCCUAACAGAUCAGCCUUCCUGGAGCAGAGACCACGACGACACGGCAUCGACUCGUUCUGGGGGGACGCCUGGACCUUCUAGUGGUGGCCACACAUCCCAUAGUGGGGACAACAGCAGCGAACAAGGUGAUGGUUUGGAUAAUAGUGUAGCCUCUCCGAGCACAGGGGAUGAUGAUGACCCAGACAAGGACAAAAAACGGCAUAAAAAGCGAGGUAUCUUUCCCAAAGUAGCCACAAAUAUCAUGAGGGCAUGGCUCUUCCAACAUCUUACACACCCAUACCCAUCAGAAGAACAGAAAAAACAGUUGGCACAAGACACAGGUCUUACUAUACUCCAAGUGAACAACUGGUUUAUAAACGCUAGAAGAAGAAUAGUCCAGCCCAUGAUCGACCAGUCCAAUCGAGCAGUAAGUCAAGGAACACCAUACAAUGCAGAUGGUCAGCCAAUGGGAGGUUUUGUAAUGGAUGGCCAGCAACACAUGGGAAUCAGAGCACCAGGACUACAAGGUAUGCCAGGAAGUUACAUAUCUCCAAGUGGUCCAAUGGGAAUGAGUAUGGGACAGCCUAGUUAUACAACAUCGCAGAUGCCCCUUCAUCACGCACAAUUGCGUCACGGAACUUCUGUGCAUACCUACAUUCCUGGACACCAUCACCACCCAGCAAUGAUGAUGCACGGGGGACCACCACAUCCAAUAUCAACAUCUAGCCCCUCCGUACUUAAUACAGGAGACCCCACAAUGAGUGGACAUGUCAUGGACAUCCAUGCUCAGUAAUUUAAGGGAAUAUAUGUUGUCUACGAUGACACAAAAAUGGCAAAAACUGUCUUCUGCUUGAACUGUGGAGCUCCGGUCUUGACCUCUACACCGGACCAAGAAAAACUCGAGAGCUUGCUAGGGACGUGGGGAAAAAAAAAUAAAUAAAAACCUUGCAGAAAACAGCCACUGAAAUUGAAGAGCGGGGACAUGAUAAAUACAUAUAUAAGACAUUAAGAGAACAAAGAGUUAAAUAUUGUAAAUGAUAUUAUACUGUUACCAUAUUAUGUUGUUUCUUAUAGAUUUUUUUAAAAAAAUGUGAAAUUUUUCCACACUAUGUGUGUUGUUUCCAUAGCUCUUCACUUCCUCCAGAAGCCUCCUUACUUAAAGAAAAAAGCCUUACAGUUACCCUGCAAAUAACAGACAGUGUUUACUUGCAGGUCAUUUUAGAGCAUUGCAAGAAUUAUGUCAGGCAGAAGAUUUUUUCUUCGAUCCAAGGAUUUCAGCCAUGCACUCUUUCUCUGCAGCUUUGUCUCUCCAUCCCUCUCCCCUUCUUUCUGUCUCCCCGUCUCUCUCUCUAGCCCGGGGCUUGAAUUUGCAUGUCUAAUUCAUUUACUUGCCAUAUUUGAAUUGGCCUGAACAGAUGUAAAUUGGGAAGGAUGGGAAAAACUGCAGUCAUCAACAAUGAUUAAUCAGCUGUUGCAGGCAGUGUCUUAAGGAGACUGGUAGGAGGAGGCAUGGAAACUAAAAGGGCAAUGUGUUCGAUGCCUAAUUGUCACAUCAGACCAUUAAUGUCCCCCAUUCAGCAACAUACAACAUGUACAUCACUUCCUCUUUUAUGCAGCUGAAAACAAGUAGAGAAGAAGAUUUAUUUUUUAAUAUGUUGACUUUAUUUCUCAGCAAAGCAUCGGCCCGUGCGUGCAUUUUUUUUUUUCUUCUUCCAUAGACCCAUCAUGGAACCUUUUAUGUACACAUUGUAAAUAAAUUUUGUGCAAAAAGGACUGGAAACGAUAAUCGUAUUGUUGCAAUUUUUUUUUUUUUUUGUAUAAGUAGCGGUUUGGUAUGAAUUGGCAUGCAUAAAGAUUUACUAAGUGGGAUAAACGAAUUCUACUUUUUUUUUUUUUUGUUGUGCUAAAAAAAAAAGAAGAAAAAAAAAGGAAAAAAAUGCUUGUUGAUAAACUUUUUCUAUCAAGGAACAAAGGUAUUGAGAGUGAUUGAUGACACGUCGUCGGUUCAGUCUUGGGAGUUUCUGAUUCAGGCAAUUUGGAUUGUAUACAAGCUCAAAGUCCGAGUGUACGACUUUUGAGUGCCGUAAUGAAAUCUUAUCAGAAAAUAAAAACAAAUUAUUUUUUUCA